AUGAAUACUACCUCUCCGAAAUCGUCACUGGCCAAGCUGGGUCUGCAUCCGAAAGCGAAACCAUUCCGUGUGAUGGUACUCGGCCAGAGUGGCGUCGGCAAGACAGCGAUGGUGGUGCGGUUCAUAACGAAACGCUUCAUCGGCGAGUACGACCCAAACCUGGAAAAGGUGUACACCUUCAACACGCUGAUCGACAACGAGUUCGUCCUGUUCGAAAUACUAGACGCAGCCGGCCAGCCAAACGAAGCCGAUUGCCUGACGCUGGAGGCGAACAUACGAUGGGCGGAGGCAUUCAUCCUGAUGUACUCGGUCGCGGACAAGUGCAGCUUCGACGAGUGCAAUCGACUGAAAUUUCUUAUCAACUACAACAAACGGCGACGUCGGCUCGGUUCGUACAACAAGGACCCGCUGCUGGACGUUCCCGUCAUACUGGUGGGCAACAAGAUCGACCAGACGGGUGACCGUAUGGUAAGCACCGAGGACGGUCAACGGCGGGCGAAGGAAAUCUCGUGCGCCUGCUUCCACGAGGUGUCGGUACGCGAAAGCAUCGAGCAGGUGAAUGGCGUGUUCCGGGACGCGUGCCGCUUCUGGCGCGUGCUAUCGCGCUACCCCAAGCUGAAACGCUCCACCAGCGACGUGCACGAUCUGCACUCGGAGGUCGAACUCAUCCUCAGCCCCGACAGUGUGCAUCCGUUCUGUAACUGUGAUCUUAGCCACGAGAAGCGCCAAUCCAUCGUCAUACUCGGUCGCCAUCCGUGGACGGAAGAGGAACCGGACGAAACGGACGAGUCGGAAUCGAGCUGCUGUUCGUCACAGAAGUCUGACAUCGAUGAACCAUUCCGAGGGCGAGCAUCUACGGACGGGACGCUGCUGUCCAGGCCGCGCCGAUGGCGAUUCGCACCGCCCGGAUCGCUGAUGCCACACGUCGGACGGGUCGAACGUCGCAUGAGCAUCUCGAUGCGGGGCAGUAACGCCAGCUACUAG